AUGAGAGAUUCAAUGAGAGAAGAUUAUAUUGAUAGAAAAUGUGUAUGUGAAAAAAAUUAAGUUGGUGUUUUUCUUUUAAAUAAUCAAUUACCUAAUAAUUAAAGAUUAUUAUGUGACUAAUGUUAUCAAAUUUUUAAAGGACAUGAGAUAUCAAUAAGAUAUGAAAAUGCAUUAAGAGAGAUGAAUGAAAAAAAAGAAUAAAAAGAUAAUUUUAGAAAAAUUAUUAUUGAAUAGUAAAUUAAACCCAUAGAGAAAUUAUUGCAGUUAUUAAAUUCAUAUAAAUAAGAUAUUAUAUAUGAAAUAAAUAGUAUAGUUUUGUGUGUAAAUGAAUGGAUACGAAUAAUAUCAAAAAUAAAAGAUGUACAAAAUAAAAGUAAUUCAUUUGAUGAAAUUUAUUCUCUUAGAUGUCCUAAUUCUAUUAAGGAUCAAAAUGAGACAUUACAGUUUAAACAUUCAAUCAAACAAUGUAAUCUUUAAUUUUGUUAUAAAUUAUUACAUAAAAUUCAAAAUUUUACAAAUAUAUCUAAAUUAUAAGAAGGAUACUAAUAUAUACUAGAAUCUUUAUUUUAAAUUGAACCUAAAAUUGAAACAAGUACUUCUGAAUUACUAAAUUCAUUAAAAAAUACAUUAUGUAUUUUUCAUUAGCAACCAAUAACAAAAGUGUUUUAUUAAGACUCCUCAAAUUCAUUUCUAACGCUUUGUAUUUAAUGCCAAAAUAAAACAGGAGAGUCAUUGGAAAUAUUUUGUGACAAAUGGUCUAUAUUUCUUAAGAAUAAAGAAAAAAGUUAUAAAAAAUUGAACUAAUUUUUAAGAGACAAAAUUUAACAAUAAAAUAACAUAUAAAUUAAUAACUAACGUAAGAUUAAUUGUUAAUUUAAUUAAGCAAUAUUUAAUCUAUUUUAAUAGGGAGCAAAUAUAUUGUAAUAGUAAUGCAAUCAAAUCGAAGACUUAAAAAAUGCAGAAUUAAAUUUAAAGAUUUUUAAUAUGAUUGCAUCUAUGGUAUCAAAUGCAGAUUAAAAUAAUUUAUUUACUGUAAAAUCUAAUUAAAUCAAUAAAAAUAUUACUGAUAAUAAUCCAAUCAAACUUAUAGAUAACAUUUUAAGAUAAUAAGUCCAAAACAAUUUAAUAUUUUCUAAUUAAAGAUAUAAUCAAGAUUAUAUUAUAUAGGAUCUUACUAGAUAUGGACCUAUUUAAUAUAAACCUCUAUCUUACUAAAAUGAGAGUUGUAAUGCAUUAGCUUUUAAUCCAUCUAAAUUACUGAUGAUUACUAAUUAAGGUAAUAAAAUAAAUAUUUAUCAAUUAAAUAAUGUAAUCUGGGAAAGAAUAAAAUAAAUAGAAAAGUUGAAUAAUGAAUUAUCAGUAACUUGUAUAAUUCAUAGUAAAUUUUAUAAUUCAUUUGUUACUGCUGAUGAGAAACUUGCUAUUUGGAAAUAUUCUGAUAAUAUAGAUAUUUGCUAAUAAUAAGAUUUUCAUAAACAGAAUGGAUAUAUUAAUUGUUUAAUAAUCAAUAAAAAGGAAACUUAACUAUUAAGUGGAGGUAAAGAGAUAUAGGUUUAUCAACUCAAUUUUGAUACAUCUUAACUAAAAUAUGAAUACUCUUUAUUUGAACAUGAAGGAAGAAUUUUGAGUUUAAGUUUAAAUGAUUCUGAAAUGUACUUAGUAUCCUAUUGUGAAAAUAAAAUGAUUAUUGUUAGAUAAAAAACAGAAGAAAAAUGGACAUUAAUGUAAAUUGUGAAUUCAACUAUAAAAGAAUGUAGUAAUAGAAUAUCUUUUAUUAGAAAUGAUUUAUUUAUAUUGAUUACUGAAUUUUAAAAGGAGACAAGAAAUAUAAAUAGAAUUAGUUUUUUUUUAAAAUUGACAAUGACUUUUAUGAAUAAACAUAAGAAUAAUUAUUAUUAGAUCAUUAGUAUGAAGAUGCUAGAAAGAAUCUUGACUAAUCUGGAUUUCCUAUUAUUUAAGUUCAUGAUCAUAAUCUAAUAUUAAUAAAGAUUAGAAAUAAUAUUUAUACCAUGAGAUAACAAUUAGAUGGAACAUAUGCAAUACUAUAGAAUUGUAUGGAAUUUUAAAGUUCUUCUAUAUUUGGUAACAUUUUAUACAUUCCAGAGAAAGAUUAAUAUUAUUUGAUUAUUUGGGAUUAAAGUCUAAAAACUUACUAGAUUGUAUUCUGA